GAGAGAGAGAGAGAGAGAGAGAGAGAGAGAGAGAGGAAAGAGGGAGCAAAGCUUACAGGCACACAUUGAGCGACAGACAGCGGGGAAGAAGAGACGGACAGACAGACAAAGAGAAUAAACGUAUGGACAGACGGAGAGUGGAGGAUUCUCAGAACAAGUGAGCCUGACAAGAAAAGUGGACAACCACUGUGCCCCUGAAAAGAGUGAGUGAAGGAGGGAGAGAAAAAGGGAGCGAGGAGGGCUGUGCAGACAGAAGAUGAGCGAGAGGUGAGAUGGAGGGAUCUGCAAAAGUUGAGGGACCAAAAUAGCUCAUGGACCGUGGACAGUUUUGUAACAGUCGUGUGAGAAUUGUGGAGACAAUAAAGCAUGUACUGUACCUGCAGUACAGAGUAGUGUAGGUUUUGGUUUGGCCACAUACAGUUCUAGAACAUGGAGCUACAAUUCUGUGAAAGAGGUGAACGAUUUUGAACUUUGAAGUUUUGGGAGGCAAGUACUGACGAAUGAGAAGGAUGAGAGAAAGACAGAUAGACUGAAAGAGAAAAAUUAAGAAGUGGUAGAAGUGAGACAAAAACAGAAACCAAGAGAGGGGGCCAAAGGGUAAGAGAGAGAGAGAGACACACACACACACACACACACACACACUGUACAGCGUGACGAACGAACAGAUGAGAGUGGAGUAGCGAGUGGAACAGAGGAAAGAGAGAGGGAUCAAGAGAGAGAGAAAGAGGGAGGGAGAAAGAGAGUGACAGACAGGGAGUAAGAGAGAAAAGGACGGGGCACUGUAAACUACAGGAAGCCACCGUGUCAAACAAACAGGGGACUAGAAGACCUCCAGUCCAGAACCAGCCACCAGCCUCCAGUCUCCAUUGACUUCAGGGAGUCGCAACGCCUGCUGGACAGCAUGUCGGCGAGCCCUGGGCCUCGUGACUCAGACCUACUGCUGUUGGAACUCCAGGCCCCAGGGCCGGUGGGACUGCAGACACUGUUGGACCUGCUAGUGGGGGUGUACCAAGAGUUCCGCUUCUCACCCCUUGCCAGGGAGAAGUACGUUGCGGGCUUCCUGCAGUGGGUGGAGCCCCUGGUGAGGCAGGUGAAGAAGACACGCAUCAAGAGGGAUGACUUCCACAUCUUGAAGGUGAUUGGUCGAGGGACCUUCAGUGAGGUGGCUGUGGCAAGGAUGCGUAGCACACAGCAAGUGUACGCCCUGAAGAUUAUGAAUAAGUGGGACAUGCUGAAGCGAGGAGAGACAGCUUGUUACCAAGAGGAGAGAGAGGUUCUGCUGAAGGGCGAUCGACGCUGGAUCACUGAGCUGCACUACGCCUUCCAGGAUGACAAUUACUUGUACCUGGUGAUGGACUACUACGUGGGUGGUGACCUGUUGACCCUGCUCAGUAAGUUUGGCGACCGUAUCCCUGAGGACAUGGCGCAGUUCUACCUGGCUGAGAUGGUCAUGGCCAUUGACUCCAUCCACAGGAUGGGCUAUGUGCACAGGGACAUCAAACCUGACAACAUCCUGCUGACGGCAAAGGGCCACAUCAGGCUGGGGGACUUUGGUUCCUGUCUGAGGGUCCAGGAGGAUGGCAUGGUGCACUCGUCCUUGGCAGUAGGCACACCCGACUACCUGUCCCCAGAGAUCCUGCGUGCGGUGGAGGGAGGGGGAGGCUAUGGCCCUGAGUGUGACUGGUGGGCCCUGGGGGUCUGUGCCUACGAGAUGCUGCAGGGGACCACGCCCUUCUACGCAGAGUCCAUCUCGGAGACCUAUGUCAAGAUCAUGAACUUCCAGGAGCACUUUGAGUUCCCACAGUCUGGCCCCGAGGUUUCAAACAUGGCCCGUUCCCUCAUCAUGGGGCUGAUCUGUGAGAGGGAGAAUCGUAUGGGGGCUGGGGGCUCUGGGGACUUCAGGGGCCAUCCUUUCUUCUGUGGACUAGAUUGGGGCUCCCUGCAUGAACUUCCAGCACCCUUCGAACCUGAAGUCUCCAACGCCACUGACACCUCCAACUUUGAUGUGUUGGACGACUGCCUCAGUGAAAUGGUAUUAAUCCGAAAAGAAACACUGAGUGACGUGAUGGACAGGGCCCCUAUCGGUGUUCACCUGGCUUUCGUUGGCUACUCCUACACAGCUACAAGACAGACAGGUGCCUUGGACCGCAGUUGUGACAUCAUGAUGGAGAUUGACCACCAGCGGCAUCAAGGGUUGCCAAGCCUCAAUUUCCAGGACAAGCUGAGUCAGAUGUGGCAGCUCAGAGAUGCUCUGACAUCAACUGACAGCCUGCCUGCCCUUCUUGAGCUCCCCCUAGCCUUGGAGCAGGGUACUGCAGAGUCCACUCACACCACGAUAGAGGAGGACGAGGAGGAGACAGACCAGAAUUCAGGACUUGAUGAGGACCUGCACAGACGGCUACAUGAGGCAGAGAAGAGGAAUGGAGAUCUGGAGAAAGAGAUGGAGAGUCUAAGGGUGGAGAUCGGGGGCCUGAAGUCCUCCAAGGAGACAGAACCGCGUGUCUGCCCGUCGUCUCUUUCUCUGCCUGCCCACUGUCUGGACAAUACGAGUGCGGCAUGCUGUGCUGUGCUGUGCUGUGACUCGCACACAAAAAAAGGCUGCAUCUAUACCACGGCCUGCAAUCCUGUUCAGUGGCUGACUGUGAGUGUGUUUCAGGGAAAAAGAUCACCCCCUGCCUGUCACUACCCGCUGGUGAUCCCUCUCCACCGCCACCUGCUGCUCUUCCACAGGGUGCGCUGGCCACAGGAGAGGACUGAGUCCUACCUGUUAGUGUGUGCGGAGGGGGGAGAGCCCCAAGCCUGGGACAGACACUGCUGUGCUGAAAUCUCCUGAACUCCCCCCACCCCCACCCUCACUAUAGUUGGGAAUGACAGACUUCUCUAUUCCACCGAGGAGUCCUAUUACAGUAUCUUGGAAUGAGAGAGUUUUGAGUAUGGUGGGUGGGUGGGUGCUAAAGACAAUGCUACUCAUGGCACUGAGCAGAGUACUGGGGCAUAAAUAAGCUGAGAGCAAUGGGGACAGCAGAACUGGAAACUUGCAGGAAGUUGGACAGACACGGGAAAGCUAAUGACUGUCACUAGAAGGAAUGAGGAGAUGUAAAUAAUCAAAUGAAGGACAUCUCCUAAACUACCAAUGGGACAGAGUGAACACUGAAAACAAAGAAGACACCAUAGAAAAAAGACAUUGCUGGUUUGAGUGACAGCCAGGGGGGCCAAUCAGCAUCCUCCUCCAUAAGCCAACACUCUCCAGCCCACCUGGACAUUGAUGCAUUUUACCCAAUAUUAGUGGCAUGACUUAUUAACAGCACCAUCUAAUGGUUAUUUACUGUUUGAGUUCUCCAUUGUACUUUGUAUCUAUGCUUCUAAGAGUGGAUUGUGUUGAGUCGUCUGAGAGAUAUUUGUUGCACUAGACUAGAGGCUCUGAUUUAAAGGCAUUUUAGAUAAGCCUGUUUGGAGUACAUAAAUCACCAGUACAGUACAAUAUUGAGCGAGCGCUGACUGAAGGUUAAGGAUAGAGUAACCUUGUCCCCAGGCUAUUGGGAACAGCGCAUAUAAGCCUGGGAUAUCAACGAGACUUAAACAUCACGAGACUUCCGGGAAUGCUUGCGAAAUAGACCAAACAGACCAGGCCGGGGGUUGGUGUUUGAGAAGAAAAUGAUUCCUUAGUUGUUCAUUUUCUCAAAAUCUAAAGGCACAACCUAGAUUUGAGCCAAUGUCUUAAGUAGUUGAACAUGUUACUAAUCCAACCUUGUGAAAUUGACAACUUAUAUUGAAGGGGUGGCUUUGAUUUGACAGCCUGCACAUGCAGUUCGGCCCGAGACGACCGUUAGAUCUGGGCUGCGGUCCAAACACUUAAAAGACAUACCCUCGUCCACUUGCCCUCGUCUUAAGCCCUUGGGGAAAUCCCCGUCACCAUCUUGGAGGGUGGUCCAAAUGUUUAGCCAAGCAAGGGAAAUUUGCAACAUAAGCCCGCCAGCUCUCGUUUUAAGUCGGCUUUGCGAGUGUACAAUUAUGCUCACUCCAGGGCCUGAAACUCCCCAUAAUUCAAUUUGCGACAAUUUAUACACCCGCUAAGAAAAGUCAGCGAAAACUUAAACAACAUCAAUGGAGAAGUCAACAUAAAAGUGGAAGUAAAAACGAAUGCAAAUAAGUUAGAAAUUGUGCUAUUAAUGCACUUUUGGAAAUUGUAGAAAUAAAACAUUCUCCUUCAGAAGUUCCAGCUAGACAGGCUAACGUUAGUUAGGUCAUUCAUUUGCUAGCUAAUAUACAGUAGGCGUAUAUUAAUAAUGAAUAUUUAAUAUACACUACCGUUGAAAAGUUUGCCGUCACUUGGAAAUGUCCUUGUUUUUGAAAGAAAAGCAAAAAAAAAUUGUCCAUUAAAACAUCAAAUUGUUCAGAAAUACAGUGUAGACAUU